AGGAGGAGAAAAUGUUAAAGUCCAUUCAGUGUCGUGUAGCCAGUGAAGGUGGAUAGCUGCACGCUCCGCUCUGGACUUUAGUUUUCCGUCUUUCUCACUCCGAACUUUGACUUGGUGUCAAGACGAACAUUGCACAGUGUCGAGGGACGCAGCCAAGCCUCCGAGUGUGAGAAACAUCCAACCGGUACACACCUCGGAACACGCCUUGACCUGAAUUUUAGAGGUUGUGAGUGUGACUGCCGCGGAAAGUUAGUUGUCUUACUCCCUCAACCAAGGCGACAGCGAGAUUGCAAGUGUGCGAGGCAUCGGGAAGUCCCUGACAUGAGCGUGGGUAAGCGGAACAUUACAGUGAGGGCGCGUGACUGCCGCCUUGCUAACCUGUGACACGCCCAGGAGAAGCGGCCCCGCCCCGCCAUGACGUGAAGACCUUGAAAUUGCAAGCUUCAGUCAUGCGCCGCUGAGAUACCCGCUGCCGCGUCCUCAACCUCUCCUUAUACAUCCUCUUCAUCCUUCGUGAUACACCGUCCUCUCACGCCUCCCCCACCCCCACACCUUCACCAUGAAGCUCAAGGAACGGGUACUUAUCGCCGUCAACGGGCUCGUCCUGCUGACGGUGGUGCUCGUGUUGGAUGUGGAGAUGCACAUCACUAACCCAGGACACUCGCAGCCCCCGGCCCAUGCUAGAGUGCAGUAUGCCUUCCGACAACGGCACCUGCAGAAAACCAGCAACGGGUCACGUGAGGCCCUGCUUGCAGCUGCCGCGUCGGGCCAGCUCAACGCCAUUAACGAUGACCCAGCACAGCCUCCCCCCGCUGAGGGAGACGCCUUUCUAGGAGUGGGCGUCAGCGGUGGGAGGGAAGAAGCAAAGCCCACGCCCACCAGCCCCCCGGAUCCUUACACUGACCUCCAGAAGCUAGUGUUCAAAGUGGAGAACCUCAGCAAGAAGAAUAGGCGCCGUCGUAAACACUGGAACCCGACCCUCGGCGAGCUGCUCGGCCUCGACCUCAGGGAGAACGCGACACUGUGGGACAACUUCCACCUCAGCAUCUCCCGCGACGAGCUGUACCCUGCCGAGGACCCCACCGUGCCGCGCCUCCUGCAGCAUGUGGUGGGCAUGCCCAUCGCCCACAUCAGUCAAAAGGAAGGAGGGACACAGAUCAAGCUCAUCAUAGAGUUUGCUGACGGAGGACAUGCGCUCUUCAAACCUAUGAGAUUUCCACGUGAACAGGAGACUUUAAAGAACCACUUCUAUUUCACUGACUUCGAGAGACACAACGCAGAGAUCGCUGCGUACCACCUUGACAAACUCCUUGGGUUCCGCCGCGCCGUUCCCACUGUCGGUAGGAAUGUGAACAUCACGCGGGAGCUGUACGCACUGGCACAGGGCGACCUGCUCAAGACAUUCUUCAUCUCUCCUGACAACAAUCUCUGUUUCCACGGCAAGUGCAGCUACUACUGUGACACCGCCCACGCCAUCUGCGGCUCCCCCGAUAUGAUUGAGGGGUCCUUCGCCAUCUUUCUGCCAGGCAAAGAGGCGGCGCCGCGCAAGGUGUGGCGACACCCGUGGCGUCGCGGAUACCACAAGCGGCGCAAGGCCCAGUGGGAAGUUGAUGACGAGUACUGUGAGCUGGUGAAGGAGGUGCACCCAUACAAUGAAGGACGCCGCCUCCUUGACCUCAUGGACAUGGCUGUACUUGACUUCCUCAUGGGCAACAUGGAUCGCCACCACUACGAGACCUUCAAAAUGUUUGGAAACUACUCUGCACCACUGCAUUUGGAUCAUGGCAGAGGGUUUGGCAAGGCCUUCCAUGACGAGAUAUCCAUCUUGGCACCCAUUUACCAGUGUUGCCUCAUACGACACUCCACUCUUGCCACACUGCUCAGGUUCCAAAAUGGUCCACAACGCUUAAGUGAGGCCAUGCGAGUUUCUAUGAGUGCGGACCCUCUCAACCCUAUCCUCUGGGAGCCCCACAUGAGGGCACUGGAUCGCCGAGUCAACAUCAUCCUCCAGAUUGUGAGAGAGUGCAUCAACAAAUCAGUGGAUCCUGUCCAUGUUGUCAUCAAUGAUUUCCACUAAGGAGGAUAAGAAAUUAUUAUGAUCAUGUCUUCAUGGGAUGUCAUUAAAUGUACUUAUAAUGUACAUUUCCAUGUGGAGGAAAUGUGAACAUUGAAGAUAAAAAAUUAAGAAAUUUGUGGUCUGAUCAGUGCCGAAAGGGGACUUUAAACUCUUAGACUUUCCUCAGCAUUAGGUAGCCCCAAGAAGUGAUGUGUGGAGGUGGGAGACUAUCCAGAGUGUUUCAUUGGGGGAGACUGACUGUACCCCUUCCACCCCAGUAUUUGAGUAACUCCAGAGAGAGAGAGAGAGAGAGAGAAAUGGGAUCCUCUUAGAACACUACAUGAUAAGAGUGAGGGAGUGUGUCAGAAACUACUAAACCAUAAAGUGGUGUAUGGAGAAGACAGUGUAGUGAAUUGUUUGGUGCUACUUCAUGGUGGAAAAGGAAAGUUUGAAGGCAGAGCAAAUCCAUGAACAGUGGAGAGAGAGGGAAGGAAAGAAAGAGUUGAAUGUACAUUUCUCUAUAUUUAUUUUCUUUAUUUGAACAUUGCUUUUGUAAAAUUGUCUUAGGAUCAAUGAAUUUAUUUUUGUGCCUAUUUUAUAAAUUGUUGAGAGAAUACAGGGUUUUUAUAAACUGUACACUUCACAACACUGACCUUGGCAUCAGAAGUCAUAAACCCUGACUGCUGAAUUGUAAAGAGGAUGUCUACACUUGUAUAUUGCUGUAUUGUAUCCAUCCAGACACAUUCAUGCAGACACAUUGCCACUUCAUUAGGGAGAAGUGGCUCGCCAUUGCUUGUAUUGCACAGUCAGCUGCUGAAUAGUAUUACUUGAUGAUUCAAAACUCAACCCCAAUUAGAUUUCUUGAAAAAACUGUUUAGAUAUUACAUACAAAUCAGCCACUUACAGUAUGCUAAUUCAGGAUCAGUCAGGGAAUUUUUUCUUCUAAUUUUCUUCUUGUAGAAUAUACUUGCAAUUGUGGUGUUUUCAUCCACUUGAAAAAUGCCAGGGAGGUGGAUGUGGUUGAGUGUUAAUGUUCUGGGUGGCAAGGUGGCGGGUACCUAGCUUAAUGGUUAUUUUCUGUGAUGUGUUUGUGAGAGGUCAUACUAUGGAAUAUGUUUUAAUUCUUUUUGUAUGAUAUUUAAAGGUUAGGAUCUGUUUAAAUUGGGAGGUUUUGUUUUGAAAGUGUUCUCUUUGUUUUAUUUAAUUGGUUGUUUUUAAUUGAUUGGUUGAUAACUGUUUGUUGUUGGUUUGAUAAUCCCACUUGCUAUAAAUUUACAUAUUAUCUGAUGGCUUCACUAGGGAGAUGUGUGUGACAUUUUAGAGUGUGUCAUCUGUCACUGCAAUAUUAUUUUCUCAUAUAGAAAAUAUUUUAAUGUUGACACUAACCCUUUAUUACACAUAUGAAACUUAAAUCUAUUUUAUUUUUCAGUUGUUUUAACAAAAAAGCAAAUGCAUACUGUUUUCAUGGCAUGUCUUUUUAAUGACUGGUGUGGUGCAUGUGUGAACCUCACUGCUCAUGUACAAUACUGUGAUGCUUAUGUUAGUGAGGUGGGGUUUUUUCCAUCUUUAAGGGAAUUUUAUUGAUAUCAUGCUAAUGAGGAAAAAAAAAAUCAUAUAUCUGGACACACACACACACACACACACACACACACACACACACACACACACACACACACACACACACACACACACACACACACACACACACACACACACACACACACACACACACACACACACACACACACACACAAGAAAGGCUCAUCUGCAUCUGCACAUCCACCAGUUUUGUUUGUAUGCACUUGUUUUCUAUCUCAUUUUGACAUUACUUACAUUCUUGCACAGAAAUGCUGAUUGAUAAAGAUUUGUUAUAAGCAGAAGCAUGUGGAAAUCCAUAAAUUAUAGUGUGGACUCUCUCAAUCUGUAAUGGCAGGAAGGAAGAAAGCACCACAAUCUCUAUUACCUCCACUAUGUUUUCACGUUUUGUGCUCAUGAUCAUGGAUGUAUAAUUUUGUACUCUUUCUUAAUAUUGUUUUUAUUAUUUAGUGAACACUUCAUGUACUAAACGUAAGGCCUAAGGAACCUUGGAGUCAGGGAUAGGUCUCUCUUCAAUGUUCUUUCCCAGUGAGUGAUAUUUUAUGAAUAAUUUUGUUAUUAUAUUUAGAAAUUCAAUGAACAUUCCAACUGCAUUCCUAGAUUUCAAAAGAGUAAUUGUUGGUGUAUGCAAAUGUUUAUUUUUGUUAUAUGAAGCUAUAAUAGUAUUUUAUUUCCAGAAUUCACAAGAAUUAUUGUGUAAUGUCAUCAGAACAUCAUUCAUAGUAUCAUAUUUAAGAUCAGACAUACAAUAAGGUCCUUUCUAGUGAUAAAUCCUGGAAAUUUUAAUCUUAGAAUUAAAAGUUUGGCUGGGUACUAUAGGAAAUACAAUGAAAGAAAAGACAGCAAACAAGAAAGUAGAAGAAAAGCACUUUAACAUAAAAUACUAUUACCAAGACUAACAUGUGCAGAUGAAACAGUUACCAAAAGCAAGCUGUUGUCUUGAAUACUGGCAGUUGAAAUCAAUAACCUGAGAGAUGCUUGUGGUGGUGAUUGAAAUCAGUGAUGAGAAUCAGUGAAAUGAAAUGAUUUUUUAGAAAUUUGGAAUACCUAACAAAGAAAAUAUGAGUGAGAGAGGCAUGAAAAUUCUUACAGUGGUCUAGUGCAGCACCUUUGAUCAGUAAGACAGAACAGAAGAUGAGGAAAUGAGGAGUAGGAUUAUAUGAGUGAGUUAGAUACAAGGAAAGCAAAACAAUCAUCCUUUUAUCAUAGAAAUUUUGUAUUACAAUGCAUAUGUGAGAGAGUGGGAGGUGAUAAUGAUUAGACAAAUGUAUGUACUGGGAUGAACUGUAAGAACAGAGAGUUGUGGAAACAUCUGCCAUGUCACCUCUGCAAAAAUAUCAAGAAAUGUUUAUGAUGCUGGACAGAUUCAGAUAACCUCAUACUUAGGACCUUAUAGUAUUCAUGAUCACUAAUGCCUUGUUCUCGAAUUCUAUAAUUAGGUUUAAUGAGAGGUAGAUCUUCCAUUGUAUAUGGUGGUCCCUCAGCAGGCAUGCUUCGUCUCUGAGGUCAUGCAAAGAUCUGCAUUCAUUCAGUGCAAAGCCCCAGGCUGGGUUCUCAUUAGAACUGCAUCAAAAUUAGCAGUCCUAACAUUGCUCAGGAAUGAGAGUCGCUCCCAUUCAACUCGGCGGUAACUGAAUUAGCUGUAACUGAAUUGAUUGAUACUGUAAACUUCUAAGUCAGUAGUGUGUUUGGCUGUAUAUGAUAAAACAUUCAUCAAAUAAACAAAAGUAUAAAAGCUGCUGAAAAACUAGGGUAUGCAUAAAGCUGCAUGAGAAAUGCCACUUACUGAAUGUGUGUUAUUUAAUGUAAACUCUUUGGAUGUUCUUUUUCCUUUAUUUUCAUAUUAGCAAAGUUUCUGCAGAUCAGCAAAUUGUGAGAAGACUCCUAAUGUGUGGAUGGUGUAGAGCUUGUGCCACAGUGUGAGGAAGCCCAGAGCUGUAUGAAGCAGCAGCAGCAGUGGCUGGGCCACCUUCCAGCACCUCCAGGACUAGAUAGCUGUAUUGCAUAUAGUAUAUUUUGUGAUAUGGCAAUAUUGAAGUAGGGUUAAGGAUAAUAUUUUCGUAGUCAAUUACUAUAUUUCUUGUAUUUUUAUUGAAGAAAAUAACAUAGUACAUCGGAAGUGCUGUCGACUAGAGCAAUUAUUUUUCUGUUGAAAUCACCCGUUUUGCCUGAUGCUUAGCAUUGUGGCAGAAAUAUUUCUUGUAUACUCCGCACUUUUUCCUCAACAAUGGCUGUGAUUCAACUUGCUUACUUUUAUGCUGGAAAAUACUAGAUAAUUAUUCUUGCGAAUGUGUCCGGCUACUGACUCAUUCCUGACAGGACUCUCUUAUAAAGUCUCCCAACAUACUAGCUUUCAAUGUAAGCCAUUGUAUGGUAUAAUUUCUGUCAAGUGAUCUCAGACCAGACUCAAGUUUCAAAUUUGGGGCCAUCAUGAAUUUAGAGAACAUCCAAGAUGUUGAUAGUAACUUCAAGACAUUUUGACAGUCCUCUUUCCUCUGUGCAUCAACCUAAAUCAGUCUUCCAUUAUUACCCUAUGUAAUGAAGCUGUACAUUGAUGAAAGGCAUUGUGCAGUGUGUUUGUCAUCACUUUCAUCCUAAAUUGUUGAGAUGAAGAACACAAAUUAAAAACUUAUGGCCCAAAAACACCAGUGGACAAAAAUGUGAUGCCUAAAUAUUUACAAGAUACAUAUUUUGAUAUUUAAAAAAUCCCAUAUGUUAGAAAGCGUGACAAGUGACAAUGAAAUAUGUUGUAUCACAGAAGUUGAAGGAGAGUGUCGUGUAAAACAAAAUAUGUAGACAUGCUUCUGUAAACAACUCCAUAUGAAUACUGUACUUGUCAUAAAUUAUUCAGUGAUUGUCUUAUGUUCUGGUAAAAAAAGAAAUGAAAGUUCCUGCCCACCUUUAUACUAUGGUGUAUAUAGCUUUUAUGAAUGGUACAGUAUUAACUCUGUAUUUUGUAUUGAUGCAGAUGUGAUAGUGUGCAGUGUUGCAAGUAUCAUGUGAGUGACCUCCUGCCUUGAAUGAAAUUUUGUUAGUAUUUGGUUACAAGAUUCUGAUAAUACUAAGUUGGUGAAUUAAUAUAUUAUAAAAAGAAAAGGUUGAUUUAUGACAGCAACUUACCAGCACUCUUGAAAAGAAACAAACAAACCAAUGCAGGUUGAGAGGAAAAAUCUUGCCUGCAUAUUGUCAUUAACUGCACAACUCUAGAGAAUAUUUUAUGACAUGAAAGAUAAAUUACUAGAGUACUAAUAACCACCUGUCUUUUAUUAAGAAGGCAUUUAAUAGUGUUGCCAACAAUCCCUUUAAAAGAAAAUGCAUUAACCAUAGAAGAAUAACUUACUUUAUACAGACAAAUCUCUGUGUCAUCUAUCAUCAGUUAGGAAAGCUAAAUAUUUACAGCUUAAGGCCAUGCCUAAAUGAUUCUCCUCUAUAUAAAGUAUGUGUAUGGCACAGUCAAAAGAUGCCGUGUUUUAUAUAUGUAAUUUGGAGUGUGUGCUUGCUGCCAUCAGGACAAUACUGCCACAGUGAAUGCUUUUUAUGUAUACUGUUUCUUCCCCAGCCAGAACUCUCUAAAACUUUUGUAAGAAGUGAAUACUAAUGCCCCAGAAAAUAUUGAGGGAGGGGCUGUGUGCUGUUGCUUGUGGUUGCUCUAGUCUCAUGUGUGGUUGUGAAGUGAACAUGAUGUACCAGAGGCAAAUAUAUUGGUUUAAACAGU